CGUCGCAUCUCGACCAAAUGGCAAGAACGAAGCAGACAGCCCGUAAGUCCACCGGCGGGAAGGCUCCCAGGAAGCAGCUGGCCACCAAGGCCGCUCGUAAGAGCGCCCCGGCCACCGGCGGAGUCAAGAAACCUCACCGUUACAGGCCCGGCACCGUGGCUCUCAGGGAGAUCCGCCGCUACCAGAAGUCCACCGAGCUACUUAUCCGCAAGCUGCCUUUCCAGCGUCUGGUUCGGGAGAUCGCGCAGGACUUCAAAACCGACUUGCGCUUCCAGAGCUCCGCCGUGAUGGCUUUGCAGGAGUCCAGCGAGGCUUACUUGGUCGGUCUGUUCGAAGAUACCAACCUGUGUGCCAUCCACGCCAAGCGGGUCACCAUCAUGCCCAAAGACAUCCAGCUCGCCCGCCGCAUUCGUGGAGAGAGAGCUUAAGUCACAAGUUUACUCUAUCCAAACAACGGCUCUUUUAAGAGCCACCGACUCUGUCUCAAAGAGUGAUCUACCAUGAUGCGUUCUUUUAGACUUUUUUUUUUUCGUUUUUUUUUUUUUUUCUAGAAUAUUAUUCAAUUGUUUUAACAAAAAUACAUUCAGUAUUCAUUAGUCAAGUGUUUGUAGUCUUCAAUAUGAUGCUCAUCUUUAUACGCAAUAAAUACAUUUGGUUAA